CAAUUAAUUGGAUUUAGGGAAAAUAGUUUCUAUCAUAUAUCAUACGGGAAUGUAAAAAAAAAGUGCUGUGUUAUUAUAUAUUUGAUGAACACUGUAUGUGUUUGAGCCGCACAUUACACUCGUAGUGAACCCACUGUGCUUGCUGUACUUUUCUACAUAUCAAAAAAAAAGGAGGAAAAAACUUGUAUAGUCCCACAUUUUUUGGAUACUAUUGCUGUUAUACGAAAUAAGUUUACUAUUACAUCUAUACAAAUUUCAUAGAUUUAUUGAAAAGUUAAUGCUUAUACAUCCCUCAUCGUGUUUGCGUGAACUAAAUAAAUAUAUUGGGCAAUGGAGGAAAUAUCAAGUUUAGAUUCCUUUCAUACAGACGGCGCUGAUUCAACGGCGCGUCCCGAAUCGGCGUUUUUGAAGAUUGACGAAGAGACAACGCAGACGUCCGAAUACAAGGACGGUGAAGAUAACACAUCGGUUGCUGGUGAUGCUAACCGAGAGGAAGGCGAUGGUAAUGAUGAUGAAUUUGAGCAAAUAUCAGAAGGAACUUUUGACGUUGAUGAAAACUCGCAAGCUACAUCUGCUGGGGUGCCAGCAGAUGAUAGCAACCAAGAAGAAGGCGUUGGUGGUGGCGGUGACGGUGAUGCUGAUGCUGAUGCUGAUGCUGAGGCUGAUGCUGAUGCUGAUGCUGAUGCUGAUGGUGACGGUGACGGUGACGGCGAGGGUGAGGGUGAGGGUGACGUUGCGGGAGAAGUGGAGGAAGAUGAAGAAGACGUUAAUGAAAGUAGUCAGGUUGAUGAUGGUGUUAAUGUUGAAGCUGGCAAGGAAUCUCGAAGUUUUGAGGAAGUAGAUGCUAACGUAUCUGCCAAUAAUAACAACCAAUCUGGAGUCGAUGAAUCGGAUAUGUUAGGCGAAGCGGAUAAUACUUUACCUCAGGAACGACCGGAUAGCGUUGCUAAAGAUCAAGUUGUCACUGAAACUUUAGAAGAAAAUGAAGGAGAAGGAGAUGAUGAAGAUGCCAUGGAUACUAUGGAUGCUAUGGAACAAGAAACAGAUGCUGUUAAUCAAGAUGCAGAUAUACAAUACUAUAGUAAUUCAUCUCCGCCAAAAGAAAGUGAACAAAACGCCGUUAAUGAUAAUCAAGAUGAAUCUACGGAGCCGAUGGAUCAGGGUGCCAACGAAGUUGAUGCAGAAGUCGAAGAGGAUCAGGUGAUGGGAGAAGAGACAGAGAACACAGAGAAAGAGGCACCCGUUGUUGCUACGGAUAGUCAUAGUAAAAGUCCUGAUAAAGAAAUUGCUCCCGUUCCGAGUAAAGAUGUAAGCAAUGACGGAGGCGAACCCGAACAGCAUGAAGAUGAAGACGAACCAGUAGAGAAUGUUCAAGAACCCGAGGAAUCAGACGUUUGCCUAAUACCAGAUGAUACGGAAAAUGAAGUAACUGAAGCAGAGAAAGAACAAGCAAUUUUAGCUCGGGAAAAUGCUGAAAAAGAAGAUGCCGAACAAGUUGCAUCGGCUCCAGAAACUGCUCCACCAACAGCUACUGAGAAUCAGACAACAGAAUCUCAGGAAGAACGAACAACCAGCGAGAACAAUGCCGGAGAGAAUGCUGAUGCCGAUGAACCUUUAUUAGAGGAAUUGCAUACGAGCACUACGGAGGCGGGUAAUACAACAAAAAUUAUAAUAGCAUGGAUUGUAAGCAUAACAAAAUCAUGCAAACAGUGCAAUCAAGAGAAAUUGUGUGGUUUCCGUUUUAAAAAUCCCGAUACAACAGAUUUUGAAUAUUUAUGCCAGCAAUCGUGUUGCGAAGCCUUAAUAUCCGCUCAUCCGGGUAAAUAUUUUAUACGUCGAAAAAAAUUCCUUUUGGACGAAUUGUCUGCAAAUGAAAUUAAUCAACAUCAGCAAAUCGGUGGUGGUCAAGGAUCGGGUGAACAAUUUAUACCCAUUUGCAUGCAGUGUAAAGAAAGCAAAUCAUGUAAAUACUUUUUCAAACAAGAUGAGGAAACCUAUUAUAUAUGUAACGAUGAUUGCUUCAAUUUGUUAAAUGCCGAGGAACCUGAUAAAUUUAAAUUGAAACGCCAUUCGAUACGUGUGCGCAAUAUUGGUGCGACAACGAUUUCAGGAGAUGUAGCGAAAGAGAGCACAUCUGAAUCUCGGGUUGUGACGCGUUCAAGCGAAGAAGUUGAAACGGCCCGAGCGGAACGAAGCGCCAGCUUCGUACGAAGGUGUUCCGAUUGCUUCGAAGAAAUCAUAAUGGGAGAUAGAAACCUCAUAUGGGAAACUAUGGAUUUUUGCAAUGAAAUAUGUUUAGGCAAAUAUCAACGAACUAUCGGAGCUAGCUGUCAGACGUGUCAAGGUGAGGUGCCACAUAACGCUUUAGGGAAAUAUUGUGUGCGUUUCGGUUUUGAUAUUCGGCAGUUUUGUUGUGCGGCUUGUUUAAACGAAUUCAAGAAGGGCUUGAAAACUUGCUCUUGCUGUCAAAAAGAUAUAUCGGGAGCGAAUGAAGGAUUUUUAGCCCCAGUAGGCGAUAAAGAGCAAUUUAAAGAUUUUUGUUCGCAAGCCUGCAUGCGUCGUUACGAUAAUAUGGCGAAUCCAAAAAAGAAAUUACGAAAUGAUAUAUGCGUUGUCUGCAAUACCGAUAAACCCGUACGUGUUGAAAUCAUAUUAGAUGAGAAAGAGCUCACCUUCUGUUCCAAUCCAUGUUUUUCGGCCUUCAAAUUUGUUAGCAAAAUUGUACCCGAUCAAUGCGGCAUGUGUUGUAAAUAUUUUGAACGCAAAGCCAACGAAUCCUUCACCAUUUAUGCGGAGAAACGUGCUAAAGUCUUCUGCUCGCGCAUCUGUCUUAACGUAUACAUUGUUGUCAAUCGUCACAUUGUCUCGUGUCAAUGGUGCAAAGUGAAAAAAUAUAAUUUCGAUAUGAUUGUCAAGCAUCAAGAUAAUCAGGAUAUCAUUAUGUGCUCAUUAAAUUGCUUAACAUUGUACGGAGUUUCGAUAAAUGCUUUUUCACGUACCGUAACUAAAUGCGAUAAUUGCAGUACAAUGGCGACUCCUCAAUAUCAUCUGACGAUGUCGGAUGCUUCCAUGCGUAAUUUUUGCAAUUAUACUUGUGUUAUGCAAUUUCAGAGUCAAUUUGCUCGAGCACCUCUCACCUUAGAAAACGAAGCACAAUCGGCUUCCGUCGCCAAUCAGCAAACGCAACAAUCAGCGCAGAAAAGCGCCAAAAAUGCCGCACCCUUUCCCACUGGUUUACCGAAACGAGUUAAAUUGAAAGUUAAUCAACAGCCACAAUUAAAAAUUUCAAAUAAAACCGGUGCAAAUAAUAAAAAGGGGCCGACGAUGCCAGUUAUAUCAACUGUUUCAUCAUUAGCUAGCGGUGAAACGGAAACAAUGAUUGGCAAUGUUACGGUGAGACGGACAAGAAUAAGAAGCCGCAAAAUGGAUUCACCGCCACCGCCGCCAACAUCAUUGCAGGCAAAUAAUAUGAGCGCGGCAUUGGUAAGAGGGCGUCCACGCAAGAGUACAAUUAUUGAUCGUACACCGACUCCGUCACCACCUCGAACAGUUAAUAAACGUAGCAAUAAUAUGAUGGAAAAGGCCGUACUAGAAAAGGCGGAGACAAAAAUUGUCGUAGUACCUCCAUAUCCGCCGGCUGUACGUAAUGUACAAACCAGUUGCAAACCUCAAACGAUGACAGUAGGCUUUCAAUGUGAGCCGAAAACAAUAACGGUUGGCACGCAAACAGAUAAGGAUUACUCGAAUAAGGUAUUAAUACCGGUACCGGUACCAAUUUAUGUACCGCAACCGAUGUAUAUGUAUUCUGCACCGUUUCCAGUACCAGUCCCUAUACCUUUGCCAAUACCUGUGCCUAUAUUUAUACCCACUACGCGUAAUUCCGCUCAGGGUAUAAUGAAAGAAAUUAAAAAAAUUCAAGAUAAGAUGCCUGCCGAUCCAUUCGAAGCCGAAUUAUUAAUGAUGGCCGAAAUGGUCGCCGAAGAGAAACGCGAAUCCGAUUCGGAUUCGGAGGACGAAGUGAAACCGGAUCCAGCGGUUGUUUCAUUACAAUAUAAUAAUAGUGUACAACAAGUAGAUGUCACCAAUAAUUCCUAUGGUGAAGAUGUCUUGCAAAUGGCUCUUAAAAUGGCAACGGGUGAUUAUGAUCAGCCAACACAUACUGUUGACUUGGAAUCUGCUAUGACUGCUAAUACGAUAACCAAUCCUCCACCUGGUAUGGUUCAACAUGAUGAUACCAUGAGUCAUAUGAGCGGUCAUCAUAUGCAACAUCAUAUGAUGGAUCAAAGAGGUAGCCGAGGUCGAAAACGGGGUUCUGUGACAUCACCGGUUUCUCCACGUAACAGCCGUUCGCCAGUUAAACGUCAACGUCUGCAAGAGAUGGAACCUACUGCACAGCCCGCUGCUCAACCCAUACAACCAGCUGAAAAACCUGAUGCCAAUAUGUGUCUGAAGUAUACAUUCGGGGUGAACGCCUGGAAGCAAUGGGUAAUGACGAAAAAUGCCGACAUCGAGAAAAGCUCGAUGAGAAGACGUACUUUCAAAACAGAACUACUGCAGAUGACGGCCGACGAGUUAAAUUACUCCUUGUGUUUGUUUGUAAAGGAAGUCCGGAAACCGAAUGGCACAGAAUACGCUCCUGACACAAUAUACUAUUUAGUUCUAGGUAUCCAACAAUAUCUUUAUGAAAAUGGACGAAUUGAUAAUAUAUUCACCGAUCCCUAUUAUGAACAAUUUACCGAUUGUUUAGAUGAGGUGGCCCGUAAAUUUUCAGUUUUAUAUAAUGAUUCGCAAUACAUCGUGACGCGAGUUGAAGAGGAACAUCUUUGGGAGUGCAAGCAACUGGGCGCGCAUUCGCCUCAUGUUUUACUGAGUACACUUAUGUUUUUCAAUACAAAACAUUUUAAUUUAACAACGGUGGAGGAACAUAUGCAGCUAUCAUUCUCGCAUAUAAUGAAACAUUGGAAACGUAACGCCCAAAAUUCUAAAGCCCCUGGUAAUCGUAAUGUGCUUUUGCGUUUUUACCCGCCACAAGCUGGCCUUGAAGCUAAUCCCCGAAAGAAAAAGGUCUACGAACAGCAAGAAAAUGAAGAUAAUCCUUUGCGUUGUCCUGUACGCUUGUAUGAGUUUUAUUUAUCAAAAUGUCCUGAAAGUGUUAAAACGCGUAAUGAUGUAUUCUAUUUGCAACCGGAAAGGUCUUGUGUGCCGGACUCUCCUGUAUGGUAUUCAACGCAACCGUUAAGUAAAGAGGCAUUACAGAAAAUGUUACAUCGUGUGAAAAUGGUUAAAGAAAUCAAUAUUGCGCUGUUGACAAGUUAAUCAAAUCGGUCAUACCCGUAAACCCGAACGAUCGUUAUCGCAUUUCUAAUGCUUUAGCACAUAACACAAACACAAACACACACACACAUAUGCACAUACACAUACACACAUACACACAACACGCAAUUGCGGCUCAAAGCGUGCAAUUUUUAUAUAUAUUAAAAAGGAAAAAAUAUUUUAUGUAUUUUUUUAAUA